UAAUUAAGUUCGCGUCUAACACGAUGAAAAGAAGUAAUUCCUUGUUAAAUAGAAUAUUUAAGAUUUUAUGAGUAAAAUGAAUAAAAAUUGGAAAUUUAAUUGAAAUUAUUUCAGUAAAACAAUUUAUAAAAAUAUAAAUCAACUAUAAAUUCAGUGUAUACAUAUGUAAGUGAGGGCGCGAUCGGUAUUUUCCUACGAUACGAGUCCAAAAUGUCAGACAUCGAUAAAUGGAUGGAACUUGCAAAAGAAUGCAAAUAUCUUCCCGAAAAUGAUCUUAAGAAACUUUGUGACUUGGUAUGUGACAUAUUAUUAGAAGAAUCUAAUAUUCAACCAGUAUCUACACCGGUAACAGUGUGUGGAGAUAUUCAUGGUCAGUUUUACGAUUUAGAAGAAUUAUUCCGUAAUGGAGGCGCUGUGCCUGAGACAAAUUAUAUAUUUAUGGGAGAUUUUGUAGAUAGAGGGUAUUAUAGUGUAGAAACAUUUACCCGCCUACUCACACUUAAAGCUAAAUGGUCUGAUAGAAUAACAUUACUUCGUGGAAAUCAUGAAUCCAGACAAAUUACUCAUGUUUAUGGUUUUUAUGAUGAGUGUCAAAACAAAUAUGGCAAUGCUAAUGCAUGGAAAUACUGUUGUAAGGUGUUCGACUUACUCGCAGUUGCUGCCUUAAUUGAUGAUCAAGUACUUUGUGUGCAUGGUGGAUUAUCUCCAGCCAUUAGAACGUUAGAUCAAAUUAGGACAAUUGAAAGAAAUCGAGAAAUUCCACAUAAAGGUGCUUUUUGUGAUUUAGUUUGGUCCGAUCCAGAAGAUGUAGAAUCAUGGACUAUUAGUCCGCGCGGAGCAGGUUGGUUAUUUGGAAGUAAAGUAACAUAUGAAUUUAUGGAAAUCAACGAUCUUAAACUUAUUUGUAGAGCUCAUCAAUUGGUUCAUGAAGGUUAUAGAUAUAUGUUUAAUGAUAAACUUGUAACAGUAUGGUCAGCUCCAAAUUAUUGUUAUCGCUGUGGUAAUGUAGCUAGUAUUUUACAGUUUACAACUGUUGAUCAAAGAAAUCCAGUUCUAUUCCAGGCAGUGCCUGAUUCCGAAAGAGUAAUUCCACCUUUAAAUAUUACACCAUACUUUUUGUGAUCUAACCUAGUGCUCCAUUUGUUUGGAUGCAGGAAAGUGAUAUCUGUGUCUAGACGUUACGGAAUUACAUGACUGUUUCUUCACGUUGAUGGAUACAGGCUGGUACUUUGACGGAGCAUCAAAUUUCAAAAAUGUAUUAAACUAUGAUACAUUAUUUAGAAUUUUAAUUUAAAACAAAUUUUUUUUUAUGUUUUUAUAAAAGAACAUGUGUCAUUUGGAGAACAGAAUUAUCAUGUGAUUACCUAUUCAGGGAAUGUUCUUACACGUUUUUUAGGAAAUUUAUCCAUUUUUGUAUGUUAAGGAAUUAACUUUUAUAUAUGUAUAUAUACAUAUAUAAAAAAUAUAUAUAUAUACAUGUAUAUAUAUGUAUAUACAUGUAUAUAUAUAUAUAUGUCAAACGCCUGCCAUUGCAUCAGCCUGAUUCCCCUAGUUUGAAAAAUGUUUCGCAUUGAAAUAAAUGUGAACACUGUGGUCUAGACGCUUUUGCUGUCUACUGUGUACAUUCUGUAGAGCAUUCGCAUCUCAGAGCCAUAUUGUGAACGUAUUGUUCUAAAGGCUAAGAGCUUUUAAGUAAGUUAUGAACAUAAAAACAACAAAUGGUUCAAUAAUGAAUAAAUAAAUGAAAAACCAUUUAAAUAUUCCAAAAUGGAAAAAUCUCUGAGUAUAGUGAAUGCUUAAUUGAUAUUAUGAUCGUUGUGCGUAGAAUUCAGGUUUAUUAAAGCGUGAGCAUAUAUACUACUGUUAAGGUCUUCCUGAGUAUGUAAUUGAUCUGUUUCUGGUUUAGAUACUGUGUGUGCUGCGUGCAAUUCUUUUUAUUCUAGAUGCGCAAUCAGUGUUCUUAGCAGCAUAAAGUCGGCGGUUCUGUCGAGGUACAAAUAGUAUGUAGCAGUAGCCAAAGUUUUCCUACCUAGGUAAGGAAAUUCAGUAGAAAAAUUGUAUUAUAUAAUAGAAGUUUUGUUAUUAUUAUUAUUAUUAUUAUUUUUUUUUUUUUUUUUGCACACGACAAUUUUAUAUUUCACUCUCUUUUUUCUUCUUAUGAGCUCAAAAUACAAAUUUGCGAAACAUCUUAAAACUAUAAAAAAUUUUUUCACAAUAUCGGCCUUUUUAGCCAUGUUCUACUUUUAUGUGUACAGAGCAAUAGUUUGAAUAUUAUUAUAUUCUCUUAUAUUCUCUUGUACAGUUUCCAUAUUAUAUGCCAAAUCGCUGUCGUACUGAAUAAUUAUAAUAGCUAGAUUGUCAUAAGUUGUCAUUAAUGUAGGGAGCAACUUUUAAGAACCAAGACCCUUAGCAAUGUGCCUCUAAAUUAAUAAGCGUUUGUGUAAUAUAAUGAUACGAUAUUGAUACAUAAUUAAUGGAACGCACCGGCCAUUGUGUAUCAUAAGCCUGAAUUCUGACCAUCGAUUUGCUAGCUCAUGAUAUUCCUAACCGAUCACAGACCCGAUAAAUAUGGCAUUGGCAUUGGCACUGGCUGUCAAGUUGAAACUACUCUAUUUUGAGUUUUGUGAUAUAGUUCAAGCGGGGCAUGUGAAAAUUGCGUCGAUGUUUGUAACGAUUUUCCAUGUCGGAUCGUUUGAAGAUGUUUUGAAGACUUGUUAUUUCAAAAAAAAAAAGAAAAAAAAAUAGUCAACUUUUGAACAGUGCCUUCAGAACUAUAACACGACGGUCUACUAGAAGUAAAUACUUUCUAUUGACGGAUAAUCAUAGACGAACUAGGACGGAUCAUAUAAAUAACAGAGAGCUUAACAAGAGCGUGUAUAAGGAAUUCUCUUUCACUUUUUUAGAAAAUAUUAUUAAUAAUUCUUUUAUCGUAUUUCGAUCUUUAUUAUUAAUCUCGUAAGAUAUUUUGGCGUCCAAUUCGAUGAUUGCUUUACAUGAUACUUUUUACAUUUUACAAUAUUAUCGAUAAAAAAAAAAUACGAGUUAUAUAUAUAUAAUAUAUUCAGAUUGUUACACAAUAUGCAAUUAUACGAUUUUACAUUAAUCACUGCUUUAUCGAUAUAAUUACAUUAUCGAUAUUAUAUUAGAUAGAUCAUUACACAAGGCAAGACACGGAGUUUACGUUACAAACUCGACUUGUCGGUUUUGCAGCCUCUAUUAUCGUAAAACGGUGAUAAUGCGUGAGAAUGCCUACGUAGUACGGAUAUCCUAGAAAUCGUAAAAGUAUUAGCUUCUGUGUCUACUUAGGUAUUCACAGCAAUCACCUUUGAAAUGCCUCUGUCUGUGAUCGCUUUAAUCUUAUCGAAGUGUCCAAGCGCUUGCGAUCGGUAAGUUCAUGGGAAUAAAUAAAACAAUGACAUUAAAUAAUGAGACUAAUUUAGCUUAAUAAAUGUUCUCUGUGCAGGAGCUUGAACACUGCGCAUAAUUCUUAAAGAUCUCACAGGUAGACAACAUUUUAAACGAUCAUGUACCUUGAAAGUAUAGAUUUUGUUAUGUUAAUGUAAUGAAACGUCUGUAAUAAAAAUGCGCAAAAAUUGCAACUGACAUUAUCAAUAAUACUCCCGUUAUUAUUGUCAUAAAUAAAGUACAAAUAUAUAUAUAUAUAUAUAUACACAUACACAUACAUAAACAUAUAUAUACGCGUAUAUAUAUAUGUAUCGUGAAAUAUCGAAGGAAAAAGUUAUCGUGUAGGUAUGGAAUAUGGGUAUGGAAUAAUAAAGAUAUCAUCAAAUUUGUUCAUCUUUAAUUAGUUUAUUUACUUGUAAUAAUAUUAUUUUCAUCGUAUAUAUAAUAAUUCUAUUUACUCCUUACUAUUUAUAUAUAAUAAUAUAGUGUAUUUAUGUUCAUUAUGUAUAAUAUAUUAUCUACAUUUAUAAUCCCUAUGAAAGGCAUCUCCAAACAGACUUCAGAUUUACUUUUUUUUUUUUUUUUAAAAUAUCUUAUUUAUUCAUAAAAAUACAGGGGGUUUACGCGCCACCUGUGAAGUCUAACCUGUUUUGCCCGGAACCGAUAGCUUCCGAUUUUAUUGGUCGGAUGAACAACAUUAUAUUAUAUCUUACAAUUCUUAAUUCUUGCAAUAACAACGAAUUUAUUAUUAUGAUUCUCAACAUCACCUAUGUACAUAUUAUUAUGGAAACAAGUUCGACGAUUUUUCUGCUCGAUUACAAUCUUGUAAGCGCGUCCAUGUUCUAUUUCUCGUUGUAUGAUAUUCUUUUAUAUAAUCACAUUGUUUUAAUAUAUAAUCAUCGCCAUUGAAUAAAACGAUUGAAAAUCAAAUAAUUUUUAGAAUUAUUCUGAUCAUACGAAAAACGAAAUGCAAUGAAAAUGCAACAGGUAAACUGAAUUAUUUAACGAAAUCUUGACUAAGGAUCAAAAAUAAGUAAAAAUUUAAAAUGUAAAUUUUUGCAAAAUAUUUAUAGAAAAUUAUAUACACAUUUUUUUUUCAUCGACUAGAAUAUUUAAUUAAUUAGUAAAAUAUUUGAUUUUGACGUAUCAAUGUAACAAGACAAAUUAUUUGCAAAGUUUUCAGUCUGUUUUCAAUAUAUAUAUGGUUCUUUUAAAUAUUAUGAAAUUACGGAAUUAUUUCAAUUAUACAUAUAAAUUCGAUGUUCUGAACUAAUAAUAAAAUUUAAACUUUAAACUAAAUUUGCAAAAUUUAUAAAUAGAAGAAUUUGUAACGAAAUAUUUAAAAAUAAUUUUUUUGAAUUCUUUGAAUUUUUCGAAAAAUUAUAAAAUAUAUAAAAUACAUAAAAUACAUCAAUAAUAUUUAAAUCAUAUCCAUAUGAUGUGGAAUCAUUGUUUAUUUAAAAAAAAAAUAAAUAAAAGAAAGUAUAUUCAGUAUAAAGAUCAAAAUUAUAAAUAAUUAUAAUUAUUAUAAACAAAUUAUCGUUAAUCGAAUCAGCAUAAGAAUUUAAAAAGAUGCUGUUUGAAAUAAUUUAACAAAUAUUUUUAGAUAAAUCAACGAGAUAUUGAAUUUCGCGCGCAAAAGUUGAAAAAUGAUUAGCAGUAACGUAGCGUUCGGUUCCCGGCAGAGCAGUAACUCACGCGGCGCCCAAAUCUCAGUUACAAAAGGAAUAGUCGAAGGUAAACGAGAUGAUAAAAAUGUAUUUCCUAAACGUAGGUAGAAAUUGGUAACUUUGACUCACUCAUUGAAAAAGUAUUUCUUCUUGCCAAUCCGGCAUUCGUGUUUUCUUUCUGCCCGUCGUUUUUGGGUUAACGUUUGCAUUUCGCGCUUCUUCAUUUAUACCGUGACAAGCAGCAUACUUCAGUGUUAACCGAUUUAUUCGAAGUGAUGGUGCGCGUUUGAAAUUUCGGAGAAAGUGUUGUGGUUUUAACGAAGCAAUAACGAAAUAUCAGCGGAUCUUGAUGAAGAUUGACGAUAGAAGAAAAUAUAUCGGUAAGUGAAACAUAUAAUAACAUCUUAAUUUAGAAAUUUACAUACAAAAAUUAAUUGAACGUCGUAUCGACGUUUAACGUUUAUUUCGAUGUCAGUUUGACAAACGUAUUAAUCUAUAUUAAUAAUUUUUCUAUCGUUAUUAAUCGUUUCGAAAGAAAUACAAGUUUUUAUCAUCAUUUUAAAAAUUUGAAUAAUUGAAAUUUAAACGAUGGAGUGAAAAAAUAUGUCUAUAUUAUUCCCUUAUAAAAGUUCAAACGGUAUAUAUAUAUAUAUGUAUGUAUAUCUGUAUAUAUGUAUACGUUGCAUGAUUUCAUGCGCAGAAGCUCAAUUUUACAACGAUCGCGCAAUUAGGAACACUGUGGCGCCGCUUGACACUAUAUAAGAACAGGUAUAACACGGAAUUAUACAAAGAGACAGGACUAGUACUUUCAACGUAGUUAUUAUUAAACCUUUUCGUACAAUAUGUACAAAGUUAAACCCACAAACGAGAGGCAUAUUUUUUAUAUUUUUAAAUUUCAUCUUUUUUUUCUUUUACUUUUGCUCAAUAGACUCUCACUCGCACUUAAAUAUUAAAGGUUGGGCAUGAUAAUACUCGCGGGUAGUAUAAUGCCCUAAGUCUUGCUGAUCCAACGCAUAGCUCUCCCGUAAGCAGCUGCUGUACUCCCAGACAUCGGUGCACAUUUCAUUUUAUACAAUAUACAUAUUUAUAUUUAUAUUUAUAUUUAUAUUUAUAUUAUUUAUAUUUAUAUUUAUAUUUAUAUUUAUAUUUAUAUUUAUAUUUAUAUUUAUAUAUACUUAUAUAUAAUGCAAUAUAAUAGACAGUCCAACUCGGCGCUUUUUCUCUUGACGCAACGUUCUUUUUCUGCUCGUCGUUCUUUAACAUUCGACUCGACGCUACCAUUCGUAUGUACACGCUAACAAUAAAUAGGAGGCGACAAGAAAAGAAUUCUCCGCGGGAAGUAGAUAAUAUUUACGGGCUAAAAAUGAGAAAAUUAAAAUAAAAGAAAAAAGGGGAAAACAGAAUUGGUUGACAAACGAGAAAGGAUAUAGGAACAUAAAAGUGCGAAAUUAAUCGAGAUUAGGAGAUAUGCCUAAGGAAAAGGGAAGGGGAAGAGAAAUGAUAAGAAAAGAAAGAGAGAAAAGGAAUUAACGUAAAAUCGGUUUAAAUGCUAACACGUUACGCUCUUUCUCUUCGUUAUUGCACUAUACUAAAAACGGUAACUUCAAAAGUAUAACAUUUCGCGCGUAAACGUCCGAAAUUAUGAGUUUACAUACGCGAAGGAAGAAUCGAAAAGAUAUUUCCCCCAUUCGGUAUUCAUAUAAUAAUAUGAAAUACACGCGUAGACCAAAAAAUGAUAUGAAAUAUUCACUUAACAUAAUUUAGCGAGGUUCUUUUCUAUUUUUUCUUCGUUCUUCUCGUUUUAUUUUUUCACUUAUUAUUUUUUUUUUUCUAUCUUUUUUCUCUAUCUCUUUUUCGCGGUUGCGACCUCAUCGACCGUCCAAUUGAACACAGAGACAAGUGUACGAUGAUGUCCGGGGAAUACAGGAACCGUUACCCCCAGUUCCUUAACCGCAAAUAAUAUACAUUGUUUACCGUAUGAAGUAUCCCAUCGUUAGUUAAGUCUUAUAGUAUGGACAAGUAUCCUUAGGCUAGUAGGCCCAAGGUCUGUGUGUAUAGUUCUCGUGUUGAUUAUUUUUUUUUUUCUUUUUUUUUUUUCGUAUGUGCGCUCGCGACCACGAGUCCGGCGAAAUUGUGAAUCGAGAUGUGAAAAAAAAAAAGACAACGAGAUUGUUGUCGAGAGUAGAGAACUUGUUUUGAGCAGAAAUUCGCUUGAUAACUUAUCGUCUCGAUUAAAAAAAUAUUACGUAAAAAUAUCAAUAGUAAAUAUAUAGAUAGAUAGAUAGAAUGAACGCGAUGAUGAGCGCGAAAUUGAAAUUGAUCAAGGUGAUAAAUGCAACACGACCGAAGGCAUAUUGACACUUCGGAAUCGAAAAAAAUCAAAAAGAGAGAAAAAGAGAGAGAGAGAGAGAGAGAGAGAGAGAGAGAGAAGGAGAGGGAAAUAUUUCGAUUUCAUCGUACUCGUGAUCGGUAUGCGUACCGGUGAAUAGCGCGUGUUUACGAUAACUUCUAUGGAGGCAAGAUGAAACAAUCACGUUGUGAUAGAACGUGCGCAGAUUAACCAUAACAUGCGUAUACAAGGAGCAUUAUUCAUUAUUAUCUUUUUUUUUCCUCUUCUUUUUUUUUCUUUUUUUUCCUUUUCAACACACGAACAAGACAUUUCUGACAUGGCGUCAGCUACCGGUUCGCUUUUUAUCCGUGUAUUUCCAUUUCCUAUAAGGGGUUUCGCUUAUCUUAAAUAAUUGAGCCAAUCCUUGAGAAAUCGUGGUAUCUUUUCCGCCGCGAGGAAUUACUGAAUUAUCACACACCUCAACUUAAAUUAAACACGUAUAUAUAUUAUUCUAAUAUUUGACGAUUUAAAAUUUCAAACCAGGAGAAACUGCAUAAAUCGAAUUGGAAAUCCACGCGAGGGAAAAGAAAAAUUAUAUUGAAAUUUUAAUUUCGUUUCUUUCUUUUUUUUUCUUUCUUUCUUUCUAUCGUCGAACACAAGCUUCCUCGCGGAAGAGAAAUACCAAGUUUCUUGCUGUUCGUAUUUUUCGUUCGUUUACACGUUUUAUCUUUCUUUCUUUCUUUCUUUUCUUUUCUUUUCUUUUCUUUUCUUCUUGUAUAUAAUACUAUGAAAUUAUCGCAGUCGUUUCAACGAGGAAUCAUAAAAAACAAUCUUUCGUUCGCGGAUCAAUGGUGAACACCUGGUAACGAGAAACGAAGAGGGCACGCGCGCGCGCGCGCGCGCACACGGCCACAUUUCGAACGAUCCGAUCCCUGAAGGAUUCAUCGAUAGAAAAGAUAUCACUUCGAUUAUUAUACGGCAGGCUACGAAUUCAUAUUAGAACUAUAUAAAAAAUGUUAUACGUUAAAAAGUUCCCCUUACGUCGAAAAAUUAUUUAUCGUUACGAGAAAUACAUUUUUCGUUUAGAAAAAUUUUGCAAAAUAUAUUUUGCAAUAUUUCGAGUCGAAGCGAGCUCCGUUUUAAAAAUCGUCGCAAAAGCGUCCGUCCCGUUCGUACGCGAAGCAAAUAGUCCACGAGAGAUUUUGUACGAGGCGCGCUUAUCUUUCUUUCUUUUUUGUAAGCUCUAAAAACGCGUGUCACGUGUAACGGUCUCAGGCGUGUAACGGUCCGAGAGAAAUGGAGGAUCGGAUCGUUCGAAGAACGAGUAAAAUAUCGAUUACGAACAAGGACAUCUUCGACCGGUGGUGAAUAUGAUGCAUAUGAUAUUAUAACGCGUCAAGAUUUACAUUGAUGACGAUAAAAUUGUAAAUUAACAAAACGAUAAAUAUAUAUAUAUAUAUAUGUAUGUAUGCAUGUAUAUAUAUACACAUAUAUAUAUUAUAUAGUCUUCUGUGUUGCGCGCUUGGACCAUGAUUCGGAGUGGUUGAUCGACGACAAGAACGACAAUAAUAACAAGGACGAUUCACGAAUCGAUAAGUCUGUAGCCUAGAUCCUAACCAAGAUUUCCAUUCGAAUGUGUUCAACGUCGGGGCUUUCUUUUCUUUCGGUACAAUGGUAGGACACCUUUGCGAUCAGACAUCGAGAUUGCUCUCUGAACCUUUCACGAAUAUAUAGUUUCAAUUUUUCUUUUUAUUCGAGAUCCAACGGUCACGCGAACACCGCCAUCGUUUCUUUUUCUUUUUCUUUUUUUUUUUUUUAUCAACAUCCAUUCAAAAGGUCCCGGUUCAAAAUUCCAAUCGACUGGAAAAUUUUAUUCGAGGGCCGCGUAUAUCUUCUCUUAUUUAUAUAUAUAUAUAAACAAAU